UAGAACAAAACAAUUAUGAGAGUUUUGAAAUUUACAAAUUGCUAUUUAUUACAAGAGGAUGACAGCUUGAAAAAAGGCGACUUGUAUGUCGAUAUUGAGAGAGGUGUCAUAAUAUCUGGUAAAGAGCUAUUCUUUACGGCCAAAGAGUAUCCAAUUGAAGUCAUCGAUCUUGAAGAAGAUAUCCUGAGCCCUGGAUUGAUUGAUGUUCAGAUAAACGGUGCAUACGGCGUUGAUUUUAGUCUUUGGCCACCUAUCAAUACAGAGAAUCUCCCACGUGAUCAACAGAUUGCAGCUUAUUUAGCAGGUCUCGAUAAAGUUUCCGCUAAAAUUGUCGAAACUGGCACAACGUCUUUUUUGCCAACUAUAAUUACCCAACAGCAGGAUUUAUAUAGAGAGUUGAUUCCACUGCUGGGACCACGUUCUAGUGAAAAUUCAGCCCAUGUCUUAGGAUAUCAUGCUGAAGGACCAUUUAUAGCUCAUAGUCGCAAAGGUGCACACGCACCACCAUUCCUUCUCACAGCCCCUAACGGUGUGAGCUCGAUUGAGAGUGUCUAUGAUAGCCAAACGACCAAACUCGAAACGCCAAACACUGGCAUAAAACUACUUACAAUGGCACCUGAUGUAGAGGGCGUAGCCGAAUCUAUUGGUGCACUCGCCGCACUCCCAGAUGUCGUAAUAUCGAUCGGUCAUUCAGAUGCAACAGUUGAACUCGCUGCAAAGAGCGUUCGUGACGGUGCGAGAUUCAUCACACACCUGUUCAAUGCUAUGCCACAACUACACCAUCGCGAUCCUGGUGUAAUUGGCCUUCUCGGAAAUCAAGUCCAACGUCCAUUUUACGGUCUGAUCGUUGAUGGUGUACAUGUACACCCUAAUGCCGUCAGAUUGGCGUACGAUGCCCAUCCAGAUGGAUGCAUCUUAGUUACGGAUGCUAUGCCAUUGAUGGACCCCCACCUUGAAGACGGCAUCCACGAUUGGAGAGAUGGAAGACGGUUACUCAAGCAAGGUCCAAGGUUGUACCUUGAAAACACAAAAACGUUAGCUGGUAGUGCAUCAUCGUUAGAUGAAUGCAUCAGAAACAUGACAGAAUUCACCAAUUCACCAUCCUAUGCCAAGGCACUCUCUUGUGCUACGUACCACCCGGCACAACUGUUGCAGCUCAGCAACAAAGGAAACCUCCGAGUUGGAUCCGAUGCAGAUCUUGUCGUCAUCAAUAGAACGACUGGGGAAGUUAAAUCAACGUUUAUAAAAGGGAAAUGUGUAUAUGGAAACUAGUAAAAAUUAGACAUUUAAUACUUUUUUCACUCCUUGAACAAUAAUUUUCCAUUCUGUUUCAUGUAUCCUGUUCUCCAUGCUAUCUAAGCUAUCAUCUUCCUUGAUUGGUACUUCUGCAAUAACGAUAGGUUCACCUCUAUCGACUUCAGGGAUGACAUAGUGUACCAUACAACCAGUAUUCUUGAUUUCACCCUUCUUGUAAGCAUCAUAAGCCCUCUCAAUAGCAUGAGCUCCAUCGAAUGCGCCUGGAAGAGCUGGAUGAAGGUUGAUAAUAGGUUUUCCAUGUAUAGCAUUCAAGAAGGUUGGUGAUAAUAUCAUCAUAAAGCCUGCUAAAACGAUCAAAUCUGGCUCAUAACUGUUAACAAUCCGACUGAGUUCAACCUCCCAAUCCUGUCUAGUUGAGCCUGGAUUACGGUUCAUGUAUGUCUUCAAAGCUAAGACUUGAGUUGGAAUAGCUGGUGUACAUCCUUUUGCUCUCUCUAAACCGUAUACAUUAGAUUUACUAGAAAUUACAGCCUUGACAUUGACACUUUCUGGUAGUUUUUCAGAAGAUUUCAAAGGUAACGGUGUGGAAGAUUGAUGGUGUGGGAGGCUGUCAAGUAUAGCCUGUAAGUUAGUGCCACUGCCUGAUAUCAAAACUAC